AUGGCCCCGAAAGGGAAUAACAUGAUACCGAAUGCGCAUUUCCAUAAAGAUUGGCAGAGUCGCGUGCGCACCUGGUUUAAUCAACCGGCACGAAAGGAGCGUAGACGGCGCAAUAGAUAUAAAAAAGGUCAACUGAUUGCACCUCGGCCUGUUGCGGGUUUGUUGAGACCGGCAGUGCGUUGUCCUAGUAUUCGGUAUAACAAAAAAGUGAGAUUGGGACGAGGAUUUACCUUGGAAGAGCUAAAGGCAGCUGGCAUCGGAAAACGAGAAGCUCGUACUAUUGGCAUUGCAGUGGAUUACCGUCGUACAAACCGGUCAUUGGAAUCCUUGCAGGAAAAUGUCAAGCGUUUAAAGGAAUACAGGUCGAAACUAAUAUUAUUCCCGAAGAAAUUAAGCGCGCCCAAGAAAGGAGAUAGUACCACUGACGAACUCAAGCUAGCUACACAGUUACGUGGAGCAAUCCUACCUGUCAAGCAAUUUGUUCGUCACGAGAAGCCACGUCAAAUAACUGAGGAAGAGAAGAAAUUCAAAGUGUACUGUCACUUACGUCGUCUUCGCGCUGACAAACGUUUGAAAGGUGUUCGUGAUAAAAAAGCUCGCGAGGUAGCGGAAGAAGGUAUUAGCGGAAGAAGGUAA